AUAUCAUAUCGAGUCCUUUUUUUUUUUAAAGUUCUCGAAUAUAAUGCGGAAAAUACAGAUUUGUAAAUGGUUAAACAUUGGAACUUUCAAUUAACAUCGUCAUGAAUUUAAUAUCGGAUCAUCGCGAUUGACAGUUGAACAUCACUUUGUCACUGUCUGUCGUCUAUCAUAAUUCAAUCAAUCUAUUAACCAAAGCUCAUUGAUUCUGAAAUUUUCAAAUGCGUUGUGAUACAUUGCAGAAAAGUGUCAGUAAAUUACAUUAAAGUAUUGAAUUAAACAAAUUCUAAGGAAACCAUAAAAUGAACUUCACCGAACAAUACAGACAGAAGAUCCUCGCAUUUAUUAUGCCUCCUGUCGAGGGUCCGAUUUCGGGAUGGAAAGGAUACGCUCUUCGAAUUACGGUGCUUGCAGUAGGAGUCGGGAUUUACGUCCUGUUAUUCAAAAGGAACAACUCAUCUAGCAGACGAUGGGGUUUCCGAGGAACGCAAGAAACUCAAGCCAAGCCGAAUGACAAUUCGAGUAUCGAAAUAAUAAAUGAUGAUAAAUUCAAAGACACAUACGGUGAAGUCUGUCCGAUUUGUUUGGGAGUGCCAAAGAUUGGCGUGAAAGCUUCUUGCGGCCAUUUGCUGUGUGCGGAAUGCCUGGCGAAUUAUUGCGAUGUUAGAAUCGCACCUAUGCCACCACCUUGCCCAUUGUGCAGAGCGCCGUUGAAUUCGGUGGCCUUGGCCUGCGAUUUUAAAGAAAAAGCUUUAGAUAAAUUCUUCUCGCACAACUGAGUACGAAUUAUAUGAAAAAUAAGGUCUCCUAUUAGUACAUAACGUAUUAUGUUGUAUUAAGAACGCAUAUCUCAUAAAUGUAUAUCUUGUGAAGAAUAAUUGACAUUUUGUCAGUGGCAUCGGUAUGUUGACGAAUUAAACAAGAAUGCAAACCAAGCAAAUUUUUUAAAUACUUUUCUUCAGAUUUGCUUUAUUUGUUUGUGAACGUAUCUGUAAAUAUAUAAAGUGACAAAAUGUGUAUAAGAGACAUUUUUUGUAUGUUUUUUAUGUACCGCCCAUGAGUAAUAUAAAAAUUUAAUAAACUCACACAAACAUAAAUAUCAUAGUGUUUACCUUAUCAUAGUGUUUAUCUUAUGUUUUUAUUUCAUAAUAAAGAAAUUUUUCAUAAAAC